CAUUUUGUAGUUUGUAAGAUUAACACUAGAUUAUCAUUCUUCUCCUUUUUUCAAUCGAAUCCGAUCUCAUAUAAAUCUCUCUCCUUUUCAUCAAUCAACGUUUUCAAUCUCUUCCAACACUCUAUUCUCUUCCCUCUCCAAUCCUACCGAUCGUUCUAAGCUUCAGAUUCUGUCUUCUCUGCUCGACGACAGCCGACCGCCUUUCAGGAACUGAUGCAAAUGAUGGUAUGUCUGAUGCAUUUCAACUUCAAGGAAAACUUAUAAACAAAUAAUCACAUUAUUGUUUGGAGGGGUUGAUGUGGCGUCAUAUGGGAGGCUCUCAGGGUUUAUAUUCUCCCGCAAUAUCUUAUAGGCCUAUACAACCUUCUGAUUUAGAUGUGCUUAUGAGACUUCAUACUGAUCUGUUUCCUGUCAGGUAUGAGCCUGAAUUCUAUCAGAAGGUUGUUACUGGCCAAGAACUGUCGUGGGGUGCUGUUGAUCGAAAUCGGCCCAAUGGUCAAAAUGAUGAACUUAUUGGGUUUGUUACUGCACGAAUUCUCCCAGCAAAAGACAGUGAGGUAGAAGACUUGCUGAGCUGCAACAUGUCGAAAAAUGAUCUUAAGUUAAUUUACAUUCUUACUUUAGGAGUGGUAGAAUCUUACAGAAACCAUGGCAUAGCUGUGUCACUUAUAAAAGAGGUAAAGAAAUACGCGGCGACCAUUCCAACAUGCCGGGGAGUCUACCUGCAUGUAAUCCUUUAUAACAAUCCGGCCAUUCAUCUCUACCAGAAAAUGUCGUUUCAAUGUGUAAGAAGGUUGUACAGUUUUUACUUCAUAAACGGUCAGCAUUUUGAUGCCUUCUUGUUCAUCUACUACGUCAAUGGAGGUCGAAGUCCUUGCUCGCUAUUGGAUAUUAUGAGACAUGUGAUGACAUAUUUGAAAGGUGGAAUAGAAGUGGUGAUUUCGAAACUACAAAGAAACGAAAAUAAGGGAUCGAGGUGGCAUAAAAACCGAGAAACAUUUAACCUUGUAUCAACAACACAAAACAAGAAGAUCCUUUUAAAUGAUGAUUCAGGUUAUCAAUGUGUCUAGUGUUUUUUAAUUUAAUGUUUGUAUAUGUUCAGGCCAAAUAGUAAUUUAUAUCAUCAUUUGACAGGAUUAUUUGUACCUUUCAUGAGUCUAAAAAUGUGAAUAAACUAUACAUUAACCUCAA